UAUAUCUUAAUUCGUGGUCCGUGGUGAUAAUUUAUAAUAUUAGUUUACUUUAUCGACAUAUUACUAAAUAAUUGUUGCCGUGACAACUUUACUAGUAGAAGUUCAAAAUCUAAUUUUUUCUAUUUACCUAUAUUAUAUCAUACAAAAACAUUAAUUUAUUUCAAAUAAAAUCCAAAACGAUGGUUGAAGUUAACGAAGGGGUAAAAGUUCAUACCCUUUUUGUGGUGGAUGAAGUGAGUGAUAUUAUGAAGGACUCAAUUGAACAUUCAAUUGGCAGUCAAUUAUACCAACAAAAUAUGGUAAAUAAAUGGACGGAUUCUGUAGUUGAAAACUGCCUAACAAGACUUUGUAAGCUGGCAAAACCUUUUAAAUAUAUAGUUACAUGUGCUAUCAUGCAAAAAAACGGUGCUGGUUUUCAUGCAGCAAGUUCGUGUUAUUGGGAUAACUUGACAGAUGGUAGUUGUACUGUUAGAUGGGAAAACAAAACUAUGUAUGUUAUUGUAUCAGUUUUUGGUCUAGCUAUUUGAGUAAUCAAAUUACAUUUCUGUACAAAAAUACUUAUAUAUUUACAUCAUUAAAUAAAAAAUUAUACGUUUUAAGUUUUCAAUACAUAAUUAUGUGUGAAAUAAGGAAAUAUUUUAGUUUUGUCAUAUCACAAUCAGUAAAAUUAUUUUUGAUUUUUACGAUACACCAUAAUAAGAAUACUAAUAUAGAUUUAAUUAAUGUGAUAUAAAUAUAUUUGUUGGUUGAUAGAACAUUAAUAACCAUUAACUAGUGAAAUAACAAAGUAUCAAUAAAAAUUGUUGUUUAUAAUAUUAUAGCUAUUGAAUAAUUUGUAUUUUAAUUUUGAUAUUUAUUUUAUGUAAAGGUAUAAAGGAUCAAUCAUGUAAAAUUAACAUUAUUUAUUAUUAGCUGUAUUUUAACAAAAAGUAUAAUUGUAAAAUGUAUUA